AUUUCAAAGGGUAGAAGCGAAUGGGGGGACAAGUACCCACCAUACGUUGGCCUAUCUCAUGAUGAACCGUCUAAGGAGAGUAUUGAGAUGUUCUAUACUAACAUGAUGCAGUGCCCCGAUACAGUGCUCAAAAGGAAAUGGGUGAAGCACUUCCAUCCAAUCCUGGCAGUGGCAUCUGGACAGGAAAUUAAGGAUGAACUCACUCCAGGUGGUGGUGUGUCGUUUAACCUCAUGCGAUGCAUAGUGCGCGCACUAGUGGUGACAGAUAACAAAAUGUACAAAGGCUGGCUGGACCGCUGGAGAGGGCUCUUCGAUCCUAGAUUUGUGGAUGAGGUCUGUAAGGAAGAUGCUGAAAAGGACUGGGAUUACAUUUACAUCAUGAUGGACUCUAAGUUGUGGGUUACAAAAUUGAAUGGCUGACCAAGGUAAAGAUCCAACUGACUGUA